AUGGCAAUUAAUGGAUCGCCUUCAGGAGUUGCUGUCAUGACAGCCACCCCUGGUGGUCCUGCAGAAAAGGCGGGCAUUCUUCCUGGAGACAUCAUUUUGGCAAUUGAUGACAGAAGCACUGAAGACAUGGAUAUAUAUGAUGCUGCAGAACGCUUACAGGGCCCUGAAGGAAGUUCAGUAGAUUUGUCUAUUCGUAGUGGGACCAAUACCAGGCAUGUUGUUCUGAAGAGACAAACAGUCACUUUAAACCCAGUGAGGUCGAGGAUGUGUGAGAUUCCAGGUUCCAAAGAUAGCUCAAAGAUCGGUUACAUCAAAUUGACAACAUUUAACCAAAAUGCUGCAGAAUCUGUUAAGGAAGCCAUUAAGACAUUAAGGGACAACAAUGUUAAAUCCUUUGUGUUGGAUCUGCGGAAUAACAGUGGUGGCCUUUUUCCUGAAGGAAUUCAAAUUGCAAAGAUAUGGAUGGACAAGGGUGUUAUUGUAUAUAUAUGUGAUAGCCAAGGUGUUCGUGACAUUUAUGAGGCAGAUGGAGCUGAUACGAUUGCUGCAUCUGAACCUUUGGUUGUGCUGGUAAAUAAAGGAACUGCGAGUGCGAGUGAGAUCCUUGCUGGAGCACUGAAAGACAAUAAAAGGGCAGUCGUAUAUGGGGAACCAACAUAUGGAAAAGGGAAGAUUCAGUCAGUUUUUGGAUUAUCUGAUGGAUCUGGCUUAGCUGUAACUGUAGCACGCUAUGAAACUCCUGCGCAUACCGACAUUGACAAGGUUGGUGUGAUUCCAGACCGACCACUGCCAACGUCGUUCCCUACAGAUGAAGAUGGCUUCUGCAGCUGCCUUAAGGAUUCGACGGCUGCUUGCAAUCUGAAUGCUGCUCAGCUGUUUGCAAGAUCAUGA